UCCUUCUCUCUCUCUUUUUUUUAAUCUCUCUUCUUCCCUCCGAGCCGGUUCAGCCAAUGGACGGCCGAGAAACGGCUCUCCGCUCCUCCUCCUCAGUUGCAAAUUUGACGGAUGCAAAUCUAUAAAAGGGGCGGAGUCUUCGCGGGUCCUAGAACUUUCCCGGGAAGGAGCUUGCGAGUGGAAGCUGGAAGCGUCAUCUCGAGCGGUGAGAACGGAAGGUGCAGGGAUGAAAAGGAAGCGAACAACUCCAAAAGCCCAGCCUAAGGAUGCAGAAAUACAUCCUUACCUGCGCUGGGAACGCGAGAUCAGUUCCAAUCAAUGGCAGAUGUUCCCACCUGAGCAAAAUGAGGUCCUGAGCCAAGCAGUUCGGGCACGAAAAAAGGAAGAAAAUUUAGGAGAUACCAAGUGGACCUCUGUAGAUGGUCCAGAAGAACAAGCAGAGCGGCCAAGAGAACCGUGUCCGUAUGGCUAUCUGGGAUCAGAAAGCCUAUGUUGUCUGGCAGUGGGAAGGUGAUGAGGAAAACGACUGGAUUCCAUACCCCGCUGCUACCUGCUUGGAUUUACAGGCAGCCAAAAACGGUGACCGGGACCCCACCGUGGAUUUGACAUUCGGUCAGGUGUGCUACAAGCUGGACACGACCCGCAUGCUGCAGAGAAACGAGCAGACUAAGUUUGAACGUCCGAUAGAAUGCAAGGAAGCAGUUGCAACAAAGCCAGAUGAUGGAUCCCAGCUGGAUAGCGGGGACUUGGAUGCCGGUACAUCGGUACGUCCUGCUAAGAAGGCCCAGACUGAACCAGAGGCCAGUACAUCUCAGGGGAAAGGAGAUGAGAAGGCGGCAGAGGAAGGGUCCCAGCUGGCUAGCGGUGACUUGGAUGCCAGUACAUCGGUUCCUGCCGAGAAGCCCCCGACUGAACCAGAGGCCAGUACAUCCCAGGCUAAAGGAGAGAAGAUGGAAGCUUCAGCGGCAGAGGAAGGGUCCCAGCUGGUUAGCGGUGACUUGGAUGCCAGUACAUCUGUUCCUGCUGAGAAGCCCCAGGCUGAACCAGAGGCCAGUACAUCUCAGAUGGAAGGAGAGAAGAUGGCGGCAGAGGAAGGGUCCCAGCUGGCUAGCGGUGACUUGGAUGCCAGUGCAUCGGUUCCUGCUGAGGAGCCCCAGGCUGAACCAGAGGCCAGUACAUCUCAGGGGAAAGGAAAUGCGGCAGAGGAAGAGUCCCAGCUGGAUAGCGGUGACUUGGAUGCCAGUACAUCGGUUCUUGCUCAGACGCCCCAGGCUGAACCAGAGGCCAGUACAUCUCUGGGGAAAGAAGAUUUGAUGGAGGCAGUGAAGUCUCUUAAAAUGAAGGGAAUAGCCCCAGUGGAUCCAGAAUGUGAAGCCAAAGUGGGAAAGGCUCACGUUUACUGUGACGCAGAGGAUACUUAUGAUGUUAUGUUGAACCAAACAAAUCUCCAGUUUAAUAAUAACAAGUAUUAUGUCAUACAAUUGUUGGAAGAAGAUAAUCCUCAAAGUUACAGUGUUUGGAUGCGCUGGGGACGCGUGGGUAAGCCUGGACAACACACCCUUAUUCCUUGCUUUGGAGAUUUGGCAAAAGCCAAGGAGAUCUUCACAAAGAAAUUCUUAGACAAAACCAAAAAUGAAUGGAGCAACCGUGCCAACUUCCAGAAGGUCUCUGGCAAAUAUGAUCUUCUCCAUCUGGACUACGAAGUCAAAGAUGAUAGCAAUCCAGAAGCUGCCCCGGAGGCGACGGUCUCCAAACCCAAGCCAGUUUCCCAGCUGGACCUAAGAGUUCAGGCUUUGAUAGAGCUGAUAUGUAACAUUCAGACGAUGGAGGAAAUGGUGACCGAGAUGAAGUACGACACACGAAAAGCUCCAUUAGGAAAGCUGACAGCCGAACAGAUCAGGGCAGGUUAUCAGUCACUUCAAAAAGUGGAAGAUUGUCUGAAGCACAACCUGGCUGCUUCCUCCCUGCUAGAAGCGUGCAAUGAAUUCUACACCCGGAUCCCCCAUGAUUUUGGGCUGAGAACACCACCAGUAAUAAAGACCUUGAAGGAACUCCAUGAAAAAGUACAGCUGCUAGAGGUUCUCUCUGCUGACUUUCUCAAGGCUCUGAAUGAAGUCCGUAUUGGUAUCAAACAUGUGCAGUUAGAACAGCUGGAUCUGGAACACCCUUUGGACCGGAGCUACAGGAGUCUCGACUGUGAACUCCUGCCCUUGGAGAAGACCAGUGAUAUUUUCAAGGUGCUGGAACGCUACUUGCUCUCCACCCAUGCUCCCACACAUAAGACUUACAAAAUGACCCUGAUCGAGGCCUUUGAAGUGAACAAGAAGUGCUUAGAAGCCGGCUUCCGUUUUGACCUGCCCAACAGGAUGCUGCUGUGGCACGGAUCUCGCCUGGGUAACUGGGCGGGGAUUUUGAGCCAGGGGUUGCGUGUGGCUCCACCAGAAGCGCCUGUCACAGGCUACAUGUUUGGAAAAGGCAUUUACUUUGCGGACAUGUCUUCUAAGAGUGCCAAUUACUGUUUCGCCACUCGUGACAAAGACGUUGGCUUCCUUUUGCUGUCAGAGGUGGCUCUGGGAGAAUGCAAUGAACUGGUGGAUGCCAAUCCAGAAGCCGAAAAACUACUGCUCGGCAAACACAGUACCAAAGGCCUUGGCAAGCUUGUUCCAUCUGAUUGUAUUUCUCUGCAUGGCGCAACCGUUCCCAUGGGCCCAGCUAAAGAAACCGGGGUAGUAAACCCUAACGGCUAUACCCUGAAUUACAACGAAUUUGUUAUCUAUGACCCGCACCAGGUGCGUAUGAAGUACCUUCUCAAGGUGCGCUUCAAUUUCAAGCCGCUUCGGUGAACGUGGGGAAAAAGAGAAAGACCGGUGCAAGAACAACAUCCUGAAGCACAGAUGGUUAUUUUUUUGAUGGCUGUUUUCUACCGAGAGGCUGAAGAGAUCAGCUCCUGAAACCGACUCUGGUUUCAUCCUUUUGCAGUAUUUUAAUUUAAUUUUUUUUGUUACAAAGCUGGCUCCUAAAUGACAAAAAUGAAGGAAAGCCGUGAAGGAAAGCUAAUCCUCAUGGUUUAUAGCUGUGAUUUUUUUUAAUUAUUAUUACUAUUAUUUUUGUAUGAUCUGAAGAUCUGGUAGAAAUACAGCAAUUGUUUAACAUUUUUGUAAAAUAAAAGAAUAAACGUCACUUUG